AUGCCCCUUCGAGGAGAGGCUGAGGUUCCUCUGUGCGGCUUGCUCUUCCUUCUUGAUAUUCCCAGCAUGGCUUUGUAUGGGAUAAAUAAGUUGGGGAGGCAAUUCAACCGGAAUUGUUUGAAGAAAUGGAUGAUUAUGAUUUUCCGCGGCGAAUAUAUCCUCGUCGACGGCAAGCUUUGUGACUGUGAUAUCGUGGUGGACUGCAAAGUCGGGGACCCCAUCCCGCUGGAGGUGAAGCUGACCAACCGGAGCAAACACAGUGUGGGGCCCUUCGCUCUCACCGUGACGCCCUACCAAGAUUAUCAAAAUGGGGUGCACAACUAUGAGCUGCAAGAUGCCAUCACCUUUGUGGGAUCCAACACCUUCUACAUCGAUUCAGUGAAGCCAACCAAAGACUCUGUGUACUUUGGAGCACUUCUCUUUCUCUACACAGGUGAUUUCUACCUGAAUAUUAAGUUCCAUGAAGACAACUGCAGCAGGGAGCUGCCCCUCUCCUGGUUCUGCCUUCCUAGUGUCCACAUCCGUGCUAUGGAGCCUGUGGCCCCAACUAAGCUGUAAAUGUACUGUGUGCUAUUUGAUUAACCACAGUGCACAGAAAUGCUUGGCACAUCCUCGGCUUGACCCUGGCUUGUUUCUGUCCAACCCCAGGCCACAGUCCCUACUUUGGAGGAACAGCUGAACACUUUCUGAAUUGGCUGAUAGUCAUUUGGGCAGCUGCUUUAGCUAAUUUCAGAGGGAGAGAGAGAUUAUAUCUAUGCUAGAGUUUUCAUCUGUUUCCAAAAAGCCUUUGAAACUGCUAAUAUAUGCAUUAUACUUUCAUAUGCUCUAUUGAUAUCCAUGGGUUUGAAAGGGUCUCGAGGGCUGAAUUUAAGAGGGCUGAAUUUAACCAUGUGUUUGGGUCUCGAUUCAAACUUGGAUAAUCCUGUUUUAGCAUUUUUCAAUAGGAGUUGUAUAUCCAUAUGAAAUUCCUCCUGGCUUAUGCUGGACCCAUGGCAUGUACCUUUGAGGUGGAGUUCUCUCUUAGAUUUUUUCACAGGCUUGUUCUUGUUCACUUGUUUGCUGAGUAUUGGGUGUCUCUGGUAGUAAAUAGCAGUAGUGACGCUUUUGUCCUGUGUUACUGAAAGUAAGAAUAGCAAAUGUGCCUCUGGUUUCUCUUCAUCCCAUGAGCCCAGUGCCGCUCGGUCCUGGUAAAUUCACUGCUUUUAGUUUGGUAGAUCUAUGAACAAAAUAUUAAAGAAGGCAGUGAAGAGCUAAAGAGUUUUGUCCUUGAGAAAGGAAAUAAGCCAACUUUGGGGUUGCCUGGGGCUUGCCUGUGAAUUUGGGCUUUCAGAGUUCUUUUUUAUACAAUCACAGUCGCUUGAAAAGUUUGCGGACACUUGAAGAGCCACCAGAAUUAAUCAUCUGGUCAUUACUAUCACUUUGCAAGAGUUUUUGCAAACUCUUCUGAUCAGAUUUUUCAUGCUAAUAGACUGGGCUUGAUUAUGUCGUUGGGUUUUUUCCUUUUUUUUUUUUUUAGAAUGUUUAACUUUAAUUAUUAGGCAAUUAAGGCCAUGGCAUU